AUGAUACUUUCACAGAGCCUGGAGACUCUUUACAGCAGACUCACUUCCCAUGGAGAUUGUGCAGAAGAUAUAAACACACCAAAGGGAGACAUAGAGAAAGACCUGCUGCGGGUUUUGUCAUAUCAAGCUGAAUCUACUGGCUAUCUCUCUCUCAUCUGUUACAACUUUGGGGUUGACACUUACAGUCAGGGAAAGCAUGAAGAGAGCACAUUUUGGCUAAGCCAAAGUUUUGAUAUAGGCAAGAUGAAUGUGAAGUACUCACCAGGAUCAGAGAUGCAAGCCAAAGUUUUGAGACUUCUUGCAAAGGUUUAUUUGGACUGGGACUGUCAGAAGUACCUGGAGAAAGCUCUUCAUGCUGUGAGCUUGGCUAAUAAGGAGCAUAUGCAGUUGUCAGGCCUGUAUCUGAAGAUUCAAAUCCUAAAUAAAAGCCGCAGCCCAGAUGAGGCAAUAAAGUCUGGUGAGCCUGGGCUGUCAGAGCUACUGGACUGUGAGGUUCCUCUGGAAGUGUGCUUGAGCACAGUAAAACUGCUCGUGGAAAAUAACAGGGAGGCUCUGGCCUUUUACUUCCUGAAGAGGGUGUGUCAGCACUUUGAGUCGUCUCCUGAACUGGGCUCCGCUCUGCUCAUGCAUAUAGAGCUGCUGCUGCAGCGGGACAAAGAGCUGCUGGCCAAGCAGAAGAUUGAGGAUGCUAUCACGGGACAUUACACUGGAAAACAACUAGCACCUCAGACUCUAUCAUCUCUCCACCUUCUUCUGUGGGAUAGAGCUUCCAAAAACUUUGAAGCCAAGAACUAUUCUGAAGCUCUGGAGUGGUAUAACUACUCACUGAGCUUCUACAGAGCCGGCGAGUUGGAUCAAAACCUUGCUAAACUGCAAAGAAACCGAUCCACCUGUUUCCUGCACCUGAAUCAACUUGAGAAGGCCAAAGAGGCUGUAGAAAAGUCAGCAAGGAUUGAUCCAAGCAACAUUUUCACACAGUUCAACAUCUACAAGAUUGCUGUACUGGAAAACAAUGCAGAGAAAGCUGCCGCGGCUCUGAGAGAGAUUGGCGCUCUGGCUCAGAAUCCGGUCACCAGUGAGGACAGACUGCUAGUGACUGAGAACGCUGCUGCAAACCUCCUCAGCCUGGCCGCACACAUCGCCCUCGAGCAUGAGCAGCAGGAAACAGCCGUCAAAGCCCUAGAGAGUCUGUGUGAACACUCACAAGAUGUUACUCAAAUCCUCACUGCCUUGAGGUGUUUAGUACGACUUGUUCUUACAACAAUGGAAAACAUCAGUGAGGAAAACAGGAAUGCCAACUUGGAUAUCCUCUUGUCUUACCUAAAAACAGCUCUUGAGAAAUUAUCACAAAUCAGCCAGAUUCAAGGCCACGGAGCACAGCAGCAUUCAGAAGACGCCAACUGGUUCAGGAAGAUCGCGUGGAACUCGGCCCUGCAGUGUGAGCACAGUCCUGUGAGGAUGAGGGAUUUCUUUCUUCUCUCCUUCCAGCUGUCGCAGCUGUGCGCCCCAGACCGAGGUAUGUUGAUGGGGCAGAAGACGUGUCUGCUGAUGGCCGCUGCUGCGUCUCUGGAGAUCUGCAGGAGCUCUGAUCACACUGAGCAACAGACUGAGCUCCUGACCCACACUCUAGAGCACAUUCAGCUCUGUAAAGAGAUCUGGACGACCAUCAAAGCAUCAGGCACUUCCUCUAAAGACAAAACAGACACAUUAUUGCUGCUCUAUGAGUUUGAAGCCCGGGCCAAAUUAAAUGAUCCAAAGCUUGAAUCUGUGCUCGAAUCAGUUUUGGAACUGGAUUACAUUGAGACCAAGCUGCUAGAAAUUAUCGCAGUCCUGGCGAUGGAACCACCGGCCCAUUUCCCUGUUCUGUGUAAGAAAGCACUGAGAAUCGCCUUGUCUCUGCACAGAAAACAGCCACAGGUCGACCUCACGCGCUGCAGUAACUGUUUACACAGCCUGAUUCAGCUGACCCUGCCGAGCGGCGUGUCUGAGGCGCAGCCCUGCGUGCUGGAGGAAGUGUGGGGCUACUAUGAGGAAGCUCUUUCCAUCAUAGCAACCCCCGAGGACUUUCCAGAACUGGAGAUCCUGUGGCUACUGACCCGAGCGUGGAAUACAGGAAUCCUGCUCUACAGUCUGGCCCAGUAUCCCGAGGCCGAGCGGUGGUGCGGGCUGGGAAUGAGCUUCCUCAAGCACCUGGGCUCCCUGCAGGACAGCUAUCAUUCUCAGAUGGCGGGUCUGUACAGUGAGGUGUUGGACAGGCUGGAUAAAGCAAAGAAGAAUCUCAUUAUUGAGGAGUGAAUGACGGCGUCUUCAGUCGCAGAUGGAGAUCUCAGGUCUAACUGCACGUGUUUAAUAUGUAGUGUGAAUUUCUGUGCAUGUUUUUGAGAAGCUAAGAGAUGUACAAUGCAUCUGAGGGGUUUGUUCGUACGGUUAUGAAAUGGUUCAUAUUCAUUUAAUCUGAAAUAUUUCUGGCAGUAUUAUUUUAUUACCUGUCAUCUGGUUAUCUGUUUGAGCUUUUCUCGGUUGACUAGUUCAAAACAUCUGCAUUGCGAUACAAAACAAAUAAAAAUGCAUGCAUUGAAAUCAUAACAGAGUCACAUAGUUUAUUUCCAAACAAAUAAACUCUUGUCCAGUCCAAAAAAAAAAGAAACAAAAAUAAUAAUAAUCGGUAGGACUGUUCCUUCCUGACCAGGAUAUAAAAAAGCAGUUUUCCUUGUGUCCUGAUGGGUUGUGCCACCUGUAAUCAUGGGGAGGACACUACUGUACAAUCAAAGGGUUCAUAUUUGCAAGCACUUACUGCACAGGUGUGCUGUCACAUCAAAAACUCAUAAUCACUCAAAAAGACAAAUCAGACCCAUUCCUUCCCCAUUUCACGCUCAUGCCUUCCAGAGCAGAGACACUCAUUAGUACACCAGAGCUGUUCUGAUUCAAUCCACUUCAUUAGAAAUAUAGUAAAAUGAAUCAAAAUUCUUUGGGCUUCACCAACAUGGCUGACCGGCAUCAACAGUGCGAACGGUCAGCUGCUUUUCCGCUCGUCACCUCAGAGGACCAGAUCUACACUAAAAGGAGUCAUUUAAGCUCCUGGUUUACUUUAAUAUCAAUCUAUGGGUUGCCAUCCGCAUGUCUUUUUAUAUAUAUUUAUAUUUAUAUAUAUUUUUACAUUUGUUUUUCAUCUAUACACUCAGACAAGUUCCACAAGAUAUCACAAGUAGACAGGCCGUAUUGUAGGGAAGCUGUUCCCGACUCACUAAAAAAAUGUUGAUAGGCAGCUGAAGAUAUUUUUUCUAUAGAGAAAUACCAACGUUACGGCACAUUUGUAUGGAAAUUAAUCUCAGAAUAAAUUCAAAUUUACUUACCUGACAUUUGUGAUUUAUAAAACAUGUUUGUCCCAGUUGUAUCACACAUGCAUGAAGCACAAGUGAGGGGGAUAUUUACACUUUACAGCGAUCAUACCCAUUAAAACAGUCUGUAAGCAGUUUAUAAAUGGCUCUGUUCCCUUCGAUUAUUCCCUGAACUCUGGUUUUGACACAGGUAUGACAGCUGACUUCGCAGAGACGCUUGGCAGGUGAGCGCACCGGUUUAGAAAAUGCCUGCGGGGGAAGAGAGUGGGCCCAAGAACUUCCCUCGCUUCCUGCGGGAUCCAGACUUCUUGAUACAGAAAGAAAGAUCGAAGGAAGUACUGUACUUCUGUAUCCUGUUCCGUCGCGAUCCCGUUCCCUCCGGCUGAACCCAAGGGUGACCACAGACAUAGUGCUUACAAAGUGUUUCAAAUAAAAAAUUUUAAAAAAGGGAGGACUAAAUAUUUA